GAAAACCAGAAAUAAAAUGGAAAAACCUUGCAUUGCACACAUCUUUGGAUGAAGAUGGUAACCUACGUUAAAUUACGAACUUUUUGCUGCUAUUAAACGAAUGUGAAGGCGCUGUAAUCAGUAGAAUGCCAUUGCUCAAACCUGAAACAGCAACAGGAACACAGUUGCUGGCCAGCAUUAGGCUACACCUGCAUAAGAAGAAUAUGUCGGCACAAUCUGCGUCAUUAGCAAAGUGGACGGAUGUGACUGGGAACAGAACGAAAGAGCGCCAAGGGCUUCCUCUCAGUAGGAGUGGCGCGCACGCACGUUGUCCGUUUGUUUAUAUUGUCUGGGUGAGGACAAGGUGUGGACAUAGGCUACGCGAGACCCGAACGUCAUAGUCCAUUCCUGACCGGCCAGAAAGCUUCUCAAAAGGUGGAAUAAAUAAUUCAUUCAGUGACGAAAGAAGAGGAAAUUUACAGUUUGUAACAGCACAAGGGUAAUGUGACAGAGGACACCUCCUGCAUUUGUACCCGAGGGAACUGGAGAUGAGGACUGUGGGAGUCUGGAGGACAGGGCACAUCUGUGCACUGUUGGCUGCUUUGCUGCUCCAGUUGCUGCAGCCUGCUGUCGGAGGCAGCUGGGCCUGGAGCCAGAACGUGCCGCGCCUGCAAAUCUCCCACGCAGAGCUGCGAUCGAAGAACAGUUCGGCUGUGUUCUGGCGGGGCAGGAGUGGUGGUGGGUAUCGGGCCCUGCUCCUGGAUGAAGACCGGGGUUGGCUACUGGUGGGCGGAAGGGACCAUGUCUACUUGCUCCAUUCCGAGGGCCUCACUCAGCCUGAACUAAAGAUUCAUUGGCCAGCUGGGAGGGAACAUACUGAACGAUGCAAGUAUGCAGGGAAGAAUCUCCUGACGGACUGUGCCAAUUUCGUGAGGCUCCUGCAGCCGUUCAACAAAACCCAUGUGUACGUGUGUGGAACAGGGGCGUACCACCCUGAGUGCACGUACAUGGACCUGGGUCACAACAUCGAGGAGCCCACGUUUCGGUUGCUAGGCCAUGCUGUCGAGUCUGGCAGAGGGAAGUGUCCCUUCAGUCCACACGAACCUUUCGCCGCUCGACUCACUGAUGGAGACCUAUAUGCAGGAACAUCGGUGGACUUCAUGGGAAAUAAUGCGGCCAUAUUUCGUACCUCUGUACACACAACCAGUAUACACUACAUUCGUACUGAGGCGAACCAUGAACACUGGCUCAAUGAACCCCAGUUUGUGGGCUCCUACUCCAUCCCAGACACGCACAGCCUGGACGAUGAUAAGGUCUACUUCUUCUUCAAAGAGACCGCUGUGGAGUCCAACCAGCUGGACAAGCGUAUCUACAGCCGUGUGGCCAGAGUGUGCAAGAAUGACAUUGGUGGGAAGAGGAGCCUGAUUAAUCGUUGGAGUACCUUUCUAAAGGCAAGACUGCUGUGCUCGGUGCCAGGGCCGGGGGGUCUGGACACACACUUCGAUGAGCUGGAGGACAUUUUUCUGUUGGAGACCAAAGAUCCACAGAAUCCAGUCAUCUAUGGAGUCUUCUCCACUUCCAGCUCUGUAUUCCGAGGCUCGGCUGUAUGCGUCUACUCCAUGGCUUCCAUCCGUGCUGCCUUCAAUGGGCCCUUUGCCCAUAAAGAGGGUCCUGACUACCGCUGGGUGGAGUUCAAGGGAAGGAUCCCAUAUCCACGUCCAGGCACUUGUCCAAGUGAGACGUAUGAUCCUCUGCACAAGUCCACCCGUGACUUCCCCGAUGAUGUUGUGAGCUUCAUGAGGGGGCACCAGCUAAUGUGGGAGCCAGUGGUGCCCAUCCACCGACGGCCACUAUUCACGCACAUCGGUGCCCCCUACAGGUUGAAGAAGUUGGUGGUGGAUAGAGUGGAGGCAGAGGAUGGCCAAUAUGAUGUACUGCACUUGGGCACCGAUGAGGGCAAAGUGCUGAAGGUGGUCUCUAUUCCUAAGGAGAAUUGGGAAACUGAAGAUAUCAUACUUGAAGAGCUGAGUGUCUUUCAGAGUCCAAUACUAAGUAUGGAGCUCUCCACCAAGCGGCAAAUCCUGUUCGUGAGCAGUGAAGAAGAGGUUGUCCAGCUUCCUCUGCAUCGGUGUGAACUUUAUGGCCAGGCUUGCGCGGACUGCUGCCUGGCCCGGGACCCCUAUUGCGCCUGGGAUGGGACGACCUGCAGUGGCUACAUCCCCAUCAGCAAGAGGCGUGCCCGGAGACAGGAUGUAAAGUACGGAGAUCCCUGGAGCCAGUGUCAGGAUCUGGGAGAUGGCUUGGAUGACAUAGAACUGAAGGUGAUUUACGGAAUAGAGAACAACUCCACAUUUCUGGAGUGUGUGCCGCAGUCUACUCAGGCAGUGGUCAAAUGGAUCAUGCAGCAUGGUCACAACCAGAACACUAUAGAGCUUCUCCCGGGUGAUAACACCAUCCACACGCGGCGAGGACUCCUCCUGCAGCACGUCACCUCCUCGAACGCCGGCCUCUACACGUGCACAUCGCACGAGCACUCUUUCUCUCGCACGCUGGCUCGCUACGAGCUGCAGGUUAUUCCCGAACGGCAGAUGAAUGCCGCGCGUAGUGCGCGACUUGCUGAGCCCAGGCUGGCCGGCAACUACGCGCCAUCCCCGCCACACUACAAAGACCUGCAGCUGAUCGGGGUUAGCGGCCAAACAGCCGAUGAGUACUGCGAGAAGCUGUGGCUCCGCGAGAAACGCAAGCAGAAGUUACGCACAUUGAAGUGGAAGCAGACCGCAGAGAACCGCAAGUCACGGGUUCGGAGGCAAAAUCCGCCGUACGAGCCGCUACAAUGAAGGCUGAGUAACGGACGUUUAGGGGAAUGAGAACAUGUGGGCUUGUCUCGGUUGAACAAAGUUUGUUUCGUAAUUAGUUGCCCUUUUAUUUUGUAUGGAGGCCAGUUUGGAUCAUAUUACUAAUAGACGCACUCAGUAUUUUUUAUUUUUUGCAAUUGUCUGCCUUAUUUUCCCAAUAAAAAAGUGACCCUAGUGACUUACCAAAAAUGUAUAGCACUAUGUUAGUACUAUAUUAUGUACAGUAGAAAGCAGCUUUGCUCUUAGCAAUUUUUCUGCUGAGGAAUAGAGUAUUCAGCAGCUAAAUGCACUGUAGGCUACACUGUGAAAGCCUGUGCUUUGCCCACCGUUGCCACCUACUGGCCAAAAUCUCACAUGGGAAGCUUUUCAUUGAAUAUAACAGCUAAUACUGAAACAGAACGACAUGCAAACAGGCUACCCUAAACACGCUAUCAUACAAAUGUGAGCCGAAUUCUGUGUUUUUGCUGGGAUGGUUUCAUAGUAUUCGUAUGCAAAUCUGACGUUUGCAAUCUAGCUGCCACUUCGUAUGGUUGCUUGAGGGAACGUCUUGGACUAUGCUCUGACAUGAGCAGGUGUCUCUGAGAUUGAGCGGAAGUUUCAGCAGGAUGUUCCCUUCAUCUCCUUCCUUCCUUUCUAUGUGCUGUGUCUUUCUCGCUUUCCUGCAAACAACCCUGAGAAAAUCUAGUUUGCAUUUGUGACUGCAUUAAAAAAAAAGAAAAAGCAAAGCGUGAAGUGCAGCAGAAGACAGAGUCUUGCUAAUUCGUUUCCUUGUGCAUGAAAAUGUCUUCCAUAAUUCCCAAGAUUACUGGAGCACAGCAAAUGGGAUUCCUAUUUGUCUUGUGUUGACAGGCUAGGAAGGUUUGUGAAAAAUGGCCUGGCAUUUGUGUAAAAUUAAGGACUAUAAAAUGAAAAGCAUGAUUUUUCUAUGGAUUAACAAGAUCAAAUUCCAAUAGUGUUUUGUAACUUUUUGCAUGUGUAUCUGAAAACCGGACAGUCAAUGUAAUAAAUUAACUAGUAUCACAUUUACAGCAUUCUAAAUGAUAUUUACAGAUAAUAUGCUGUAUUAUUAAAUAUAUGCCCAAUAUUUCUUCAGUAUUUACAUUUACAUUUUACAUUUUAACAUUUGGGUUUUGCUGUAAGUAGAGUUAUAGUGCAUUUUCAAUUUCAGUGAUGUAAAGAUUGUAUUUAAUAACAAUUUUUGAAACAGUGUAUUGUAUACUUUUUGUUGUGAGCAGAGUACACAUCAUGUUAUGUUGAUUUUAUUUAUCACAGCAAUGACGACAAAGUAAAAGUGUCACUUAUAAACUACAGACCACACAGAUUUAGCAGUGAUUCAUAAAAGGCUAAUGGGAAGAUUAUGUUGAACAGCUGUAAAUGCCAUUAGUCAUCUCUGUCAGUUGUUCAUUUUCAUAAUUUUCUGGUUUUGAUAACAUGUACAUCUGGUGUAUUGCAUUAAUAUUAUUCUAAUGACUGCUGUGUAGCCAUUAAGCUGUUUUAUUAUGACAGUGUCUACCAGUUACCUCUUAAAAACAAGCAGCUUUGUGUUAAUAUGUUGCUAUUCUCAUAAUGUAAGCAAUUUAUUAGUGUUAGUUAUAUUAUUUGCUGUUUAUAGGCUAGUUGUUUAACCAGCCUCCAUGCUUUGUGUUGAAAAGACCCAUCAUUCUCUAGAUUAAAUUUCACUUGAAGUAAGAUCUCUGAUGAUACCAGAAAUUAUCUUAAUUUUGUACAGUUUUUAAUCUUUAAAACUCAUUUAAAUCCUUCUCUGUGUAAAAAUAACUGUGUGAAAUCUAUUAAAAUAUUCAUUUUUUGUGUAUA